GCGGCACCACGAGCGCACUCGAUUUCCGGCCCGUAUGUGGACGGUGGUUACGCUCCUCAGAUUAAGGCAGAGGCUAAUCAUAUUCCACCGCUCGACGCCCUCUACAGCACGGAGCACGGUUACAUUCAGGAUCUGUCCCACUUCCCCAUCGACUCGUACGCUCAACCAAUACAAGAUAACGGCAACGGUCAUGCUGGCAACAUCAACGGAGGAGGCGUUGGCCCAGAUCGGAACCGACCCCGCGCCGCCCGUCAAGCUUCGGCUACGAAGCGUACUGGUGCUUGCGCCCGUUGUCGUCGGCUCAAGAUGAAAUGCACGUUCACGAACCCUCAGGAUGACGAGGUCUGCUCGCGGUGUACUGCGGGUGGAUACGAGUGCGUCUUCCCUGGACGCAAGCCGCGCGCACCUGGGAUGCGCAUGGUCCUGAGGCAACAAAUCCGCGAGAAAGACGCGAUGAUCGACAACCUACUGUCACGCGUCAAUCCCGGGCCCACGAUGGCUACCCCGCUUACGCUGGUCCCCGCGCGCCUCCCUCUCAGUUCGAGGGAGCGUGCUGAGUAUCGCGACAUACUCACCUACCUGGAGCGUUCCGCUCAGCAAGCGGGCCAGCGGGUCCUCGGCGACGCCCGCGCUAGAUUCGACAUAUCCGCGCUCGAGGAUAUUCCAGGAUCGGAUGAAGACACAGAGUCGGAGGAGGACAUCGUAGCUAACGCGACCGCAGCACAGGAGGGCAAGGAUGGUUCUGUGAGCCCGAAGCGUGCGGGCUCUGUCGAGCACAUGCAACCCGUUGACACCGUAUUGGAACUCAUGGCCCCGACUGGGAUGAUGGCUGCCGCCGCCCUGCAAACCAGCCGCGCAGCGACUAACGCGAAGCCGGACACGGCUAGCGACAGCUCCGGAGACUCUCAUCGCUCUAAGGGUGUUGCUGGGGAUGAGUAUUUCCUUCCGGGUCCCCAAGCCAACCUUCAGCUGCGCCGCCUCAUCGUCGAGCGUCAAGCCGCUCCGGACAUUUUACUCUCCGGACUGGUGACACCUGAAGACGUCACGGCCCUGUUUGAGAUCCACUUCAAGUGGAUUAACCCAAUUAUACCAAUCUUGGAUGAGAACAUCCACAGCCCCGCGUCUGUCCUUGCGCGAUGCCCCUUCCUUUUCACCGUCAUCUGCACCGUUGCGUCUCGCUACUAUAAAGAGAAGCCACAAAUCUACGGCAUGGCCAUCCACUUCGCGAAGGCCGCCGCAGCCAACGCUGUCAUCGACGGAUGGAAGACGGUGGAACUGUGUCAGGCAUUUGCUCUGUGGAGCGUGUACAACCCGCCUGCGCGGCGAUGGGAGGAAGAUCGCGCCUGGUGCUAUACCGGGAUCGCCUUCCGACUGGCGACAGAACUGAAUUUGAGCCGCAUCCCAGACAAAUUCGCGGACGAACGGCAGGAGCGGGAGAGUCACAACCGGACCCGCAUGUGGCUGAUGUGCUUCAUCAUGGACCGCUGUCUGAGCAUCCAGUCGGGCAAGGCUUGGAUGGUACAGGAGGACGCAACCAUCCGGGAUACGGCAUCGUGGCUGCACAACUUCAAGUACCACAACCAGUGCGACGGCUACCUGGCGAGCCUAACGGAGCUGCUGAUUAUAAUGUCGCGCUUCGUCGGCACGGUCAAUCCCGCUUUCGGGACGAGCUCCGUUGAGUCCCUGGACGACAUCGACUUCGCGGCGUUAUACAAGGCAUACGAUGAUGAGCUCCUCGCCUGGAAGGCCGUCUGCGACGAGCGACAUGCAGGCGAAAAGACGUCCAAGGAUCCUGCAAUUGUGAUGCAGAUCACGCUAAUCACCUGCGUGUACUACUAUUGCCGCCUCGUGAUUUGCUGUUGCGGCAUGCAGCUGAUGUCUAGACGCAAGACAAUGAAGCCCAAUGAGCUGUUCGCUGGGUGUGUGCAGGCGGCGACUAGUCUGGUGAAGCUCAUGGUAGAGGACUUUGUCCCGAGUGGGUUCGUGCCCUACUUUCCCGAGCUCGUGUACGUCCACUCGGCGUUCGCAUCUGUCGUCCUUCUCAAGUGUCUGCGCCCGGAGUAUAACGCCUACCUGGACAUUCAGCAGGAGGAGCGCAUCAUCGGGCUCGUCCAACGCCUCUUCGACGUCUGGACGUCGGACAAGCUCUCCGUCGACGAGCGCCACAACACGCAACUAUACGCCCAUUUCCUGAAGCAGCUCAUGGAGCCUCACCUCGCCCGCCUUGCCGAGAGGAAGCGUGCGGCGUAUGGCUCCGGUCCUGCUUCCUCUACGGAAGCGACUUCGCCUCGCACCUCGGCAUCCGCGCCGACUCCUGCGGCCAGCGACGUCAGCAGCAGCCACACGGCGUUCAAGACGGAGCACCCGCCUGUGUCGCCCACUGCAGGGUCCGGCUCGUCUGGCUCGGCGGCGAACAGCCCUGAGAUCCCACACCAUGAUCCCACUGCGACGUUCAACCUUGGAGAUCUGUACGCGACCGACGUGGACAUCUCUAAGGCUGCUGCGCAGCUCGCCUCCGGGUCAACGGGCGUGGUACCGGAGGGCAUGGCCAACCUCUCCUGGGAACAGCUCAUGUCCAUGGGGUCCUCAAUGGGCGGCCUUCCCGACGCUCUUGGCGGGGCGAUGGGCGGAAUGAUGAAUGGGACGACGCCUAUGGGCGCGACCGACUGGAACGGGAUGGCGAGCGAUGACUGCCUGGCGGCGAUGAUGGGGCUCGCGGAUAGUGCGUGGUUCAUGACCCCGCAGUCCUCGUGAACCCUCCGGUCUCUAUCAUCCUUCGGGGAGGCCCAUGCCUCUUCUCGCUUCCGUGUCCCAACUCGUCCCCGCUUUGUGCCUCAUUCUGCUUGCCAUCAUUCGUGCCCGCGAAUCUCGCUGUUCCUCGUGGUCGGGCACGCGCGAUCGUUGGGGGAACUCGCUUGGUCUGCUCGGAACUGCCAGGUCGUGUUCUGCUGCUUCGCGUUCGGACUUCUGUUUUCGCUCUUGCCUGCUAUCCGCUUUCGGCUCUCUCCUUCCUACUCGGCUCCCUACCCCCGUCGUCACGUCCCACUUCCAUCCCCUAUCCACUUCCGAGCCCUUCCAUCCGUCGUAUCUCGUCUGAAUAUGCCCGUCGCCCCCUGCUUUCGUAAC